AUUUAUGAAACCCAAAACCCCUUUAGGCCCAUAUGAAUCCUGCUUUGCCCUACCUGCUUCGCGUUGAUUCCUUGGCUUGGCUGGGAUCACUCAUUCCAUUCGGCAUCACAGGCUGUGGGUUACUUCUAACAAAAAGAUUUGUCAGAAUAUUUGUUGUCCGAUUGGGUUUUGCACAUCUUUUCGUUGUCUCUUCUUUGUUCGAUUUGUUCUGCGAGAUUUGGGUUGUGUUUGGUUUUUUGAAGAUGGAUAUAAUCUCCCAAUUACAAGAACAAGUGAAUUCAAUAGCUGCCCUAGCCUUCAACACUUUUGGGACAUUGCAACGAGAUGCUCCACCUGUCAGACUUUCCCCAAAUUACCCAGAACCCCCUGCUAAUCCCACGGAGGACACAGCGAAUUUCGCCGACCAACCUAAGCUUAUGAGUGCUGCUCUUGUUAAGGCUGCUAAACAGUUCGAUGCAUUGGUCGCGGCACUUCCAUCAUCCGAGGGAGGUGAAGAAGCUCAACUCAGAAGGAUUGCUGAACUCCAGGCUGAAAAUGAUGCUGUGGGCCAAGAACUUCAGAAGCAACUGGAGGCUGCGGAGAAGGAAUUGAAACAGGUUCAGGAGUUAUUCAGUCAAGCAGCAGAUAAUUGUCUGAACUUGAAGAAACCAGAUUGAAGUUACUGCCUUGUGAAAUCCACCAUUCGUUUUAUUGGCUUUAAAUGUCUUUAAUCCUAUGUAUCCAAAAGUUCUUAUGUAAUUGCUUAAGUUUGUACAAUGUAGCAUUUUGUCUUUAAUCCCAAGUAUUCCAAGGUCCUUUCUUCUUGUUACCUUCAUGUUCGAAAUUUUGGUUUGCCUCAAGGAUACUGAUUCCGCACUAUAAUUUAUGUUAGGCCAUUUUUUUGCUAGUAAAAACACGAUUGCUGUUUUGAGUCGGUCAUGGUCGAAUACUAAUAUUGGCCCUGCCUUCAGUGAUUGAAAUUUGGAAAUUAAUGGUUUUUCUCGUACUAGUGGAUGAAACGAGGAAAAAUCAUCAAAUCUAUAGCACUCUGCAUCCGUGUUGGGCAGAAAAUUGCGAUUCUCGUGGAACAUAUAACAUGAUUAAAUGUACUCCUGAUGCGGCAACCUUAUCAGCGAAAGUCCUCUAAUUGAUUUCAGAAUGGGUUUCCGACUAGCAAAACCAGUAUUUCUGUAGCCUUACCAGUUUCCAUCUUAAUGUUCAUGAUUAAAUGCUCUUAAUCAAUGAUUGCAAAUAAAACCACAGGUCCAAUGGCUUCUAAUGAAUGGGGGCGCAUGGUUUGCACUAAAGUUGUCACCCCCUGUCCAGAGUCUUAAUUCCAGCAAAU